AUGUCGAAAUUUGAAAUUGUUUCUUCAGUUAGCGAUGGCGAAAUCUUAAUCAAGUUCAAGCAAUCUCUAUUGAAUACAAAUGCUCUAUCAAAUUGGGACAUAUCCAUCCCUCCUUGUACUAACAAAACAAGAAAUUGGGUGGGUGUCCUUUGUAAUAAGGGUGGGUUGUUUGGCUUACAACUUGAGAAUAUGAACUUAAAGGGCAUUAUUGAUACCCAUUCUCUAGGUGAAUUAUCAAGUUUAAGGACAAUUAGUGUAAUGAAUAAUAGUUUUGAAGGUCCAAUGCCAAUUAUCAACAAGCUUACAAGGCUAAGGUCUUUGUUUUUGUCCUACAAUAAUUUUUCAGGGGAGAUUCAAGAUAAUGCAUUUGAGGGUAUGGAAAUAUUAAAGAAGGUACAUUUGGGUUAUAAUUCAUUUAGUGGACAUGUCCCUAAAUCUUUGGCUGAUAGGGUAACAUUGUUAGAAGUUACCCUUGAGAAUAAUCAAUUUUAUGGACAAGUCCCAAAUUUUAAGUCUAAUGACUUAAAGGUCGUUAAUAUAUCUAAUAAUUAUUUUAGUGGUCAAAUUCCUCCUUUUUUAAGUCAAAGGAAUUCUUCUUCAUUCCUAGGAAAUUCAGGUUUAUGUGGAAAGCCAUUACCACCAUGCAAACCAAACCAUAAUACACAUUCAAUGAUACUAAUUAUAGUAAUAACAGUAUCAUUACUCCUAAUCAUGACCAUAAUAUUCCUUGUACUAACAAAAUGUAGGACUAAAUAUGGGCCUAAACAAAUCACAGCAAGAGACCUUGAAACACUACCACAAGAAAAAGUGAAGUUAAAGCAAAAUGAUUUAUACCCAAAGCCAAACAAUCAAACAAAGGCAUUAGAAAGGCCAACAAGUUAUAGAAAAAGUGAUAAUGGUAAACUUUGUUUCUUAAGAAAUGAUAGGCAUAAGUUUGAGAUGCAAGAUUUGCUUAAGGCAUCAGCUGAAGUACUUGGAAGUGGGAGUUUUGGGUCUUCAUAUAAGGCUUGUAUUGUGGGUGGGCCCACUUUUGUGGUUAAAAGGUUUAGGCAUAUGAAUAAUGUUGGGAAGGAAGAGUUUCAAGAACAUAUGAAGAGACUUGGAAGGUUGAGGCAUCCUAAUUUGUUACCUUUGGUGGCUUUUUUUCAUAAAAGGGAUGAGAAGCUUAUUAUUUCUGAUUUUGUUGAGAAUGGUAGUUUGGCUAGUCAUCUUCAUGGGAGACGUAGUCCAAAUGAAGCAGGACUAAGAUGGUCUAAGAGGUUAAAAAUCAUCAAAGGAGUAGCAAGAGGUUUAGCAUACCUCUAUAGAGAGCUACCCCAAUUGGGUUUACCACAUGGACACCUAAAAUCAUCAAAUGUUCUCCUAGACGAAAACUUCGAACCAUUGUUAUCGGACUACGCUCUUGAUCCAUUGAUCAACAAAGACCAUGCUGAGCAAGUCAUGGUCGCAUACAAGUCUCCCGAGUUCACCCAAAACAACAUAAUCUCGAAAAAAACUGAUGUAUGGUGUCUCGGAAUACUUAUACUAGAAAUCCUAACGGGAAAGUUCCCAGCAAACUAUCUAAAACACGGUAGAGGAGAGAACGAUGAGCUCGCUACAUGGGUUAACUCGGUGGUUAAAGAAGAAUGGUCGAGUGAAAUGUUCGAUAUGGAAAUGAGGGCAUCAAGGAGUUGUAAAGGAGAAAUGUUGAAGUUGUUGAAGGUUGGAAUGUGGUGUUGUGAAUGGAAUGUUGAGAAAAGAUGGAGUUUAAGAGAAGCAGUGGAGAAGAUUGAAGAAUUAAAAGAAAUGGAUAAUGAUAAUUUAGCUGAUUUUCCUUCUUAUACAAGUGCAAGAUCAUAUUCAGGAAGGUCUUAUUCUUCUGGAAGUUCAACAUCUUAUUCAAGAAUAGCAUCAAUUACUGAAGAAAUUGCUUGAUUUACUAGGGACUUUUGCAUGGAAUGGAUUUUGUUUCAGGUAAGGCUGGAGAAUCCUCUAUGCGUAAGCAGAUGGCUAAUUUAUCUUUUUGUUAUUUUAACAUUUAGAUUUGCAACACACUUGAAUAUAUAGUUCAUGUUUUAAGAAGAGGAAUUUGUUGUAUCUUUGAGUCUUUUAUUGCUUUUUUUUUUUUUUUCUCUUUAGGUUAGUUUACUUUUGAAGAUUUUUAGGUAAAGAUUGUGACAUAGAAAUGUUCAUUGUUUGUAAUGAUUUUUUCAAAAUUUAAUUAGUGCUUUUAGAAAAGGAUAGCGAUUUAUGUAUAGCUAUU